AGUGUUUUCUAAGACAUGGUCAGACAUUUGGACAAUGGACCUGGAGGAUUUGUCAGCCAUAAAGAAGAAAACCAAGUGGAAGAGCGAUGCCAAGUACCAAAAAAUUGAACAACUAAUUAAUCUUUGCCAACAAUAUGGGGUAAAACCACAGAUGAGAUCAGAAAUGGGGUACCCUUUGCAACUACUUGUGGUUGAACAAAUCAUAAGCCUUCAUGCAACUCUGGUAGUGUUUGAUAGGCAUCAUCAGAAAUAUAGAGAAUACUAUGCAGAGAAAAUUCCAUGCAGUAUGGUUAUGAUGAAUGAAGAAGGAGAGGUUGACAUGAUCAAGGGUAAAUCCCAUGUUGAAAAUCUAGAGAACAUAUCGGAAGAAUCUCCAAUUUCGUCAGCACCUACUACGAAAUUGAUGAUUGCAGAACGUUUGAGGAAAAUUUUUCUGGUGAAGAGCUCAAGAAAAUCAUGCUUAAAAAUCCGCUCUACAAGGUCUGCUUGAUUGACUGAAUGCCAAAUAUGAAUGGCAAAGUACUCUAUUUGGAAAUAAUAUGAAGACAAUGUCUCAUGUUUUAUGUUUAAAGGACAUUACCCAGUUUUGGUUCCUUAAUAAUCAAAGGUGUUGAGAAGAGAUUGCAAAGUAUUUGCUCUCACACUCAAACCUGUAGUCUUAUGCUUUAGUUCUUGUUUUAUAUGUCUCUUUGAGUAACAUAUCCAUUAUGUGUAAUGGAAUUUAAUAGAGGUGGGCGCGGGUCGGUUGCGGCCACGGAACUUUUAAUCCGUCAUCUAUUUGUUAGAUUGGCGGUUUGGCG